UUCUCUUUCUCUCUCUAACCCAAACCUUCUUUUUAGAGAGAGAAACACCAGCAUCUCUCCAACCCUCUCUUCAAUGGCGGAAGGAUUCCAUCGUUCCUUCAUCUCUCUUCUCCUUCUCCUCCUCCUCAUAGCCGGCGCUUCCGCUUCCGGCCACGAUCUCGGCUGGAUCCCACCGAAAUCGAUGUGCCGGGGCAUGAUCGCCGACUGCCUCGCUGAAGAGGAGUUCGAUCUCGAUUCCGAGGUCAACCGUCGGAUCCUCGCUACAUCCAGCUACAUCAGCUACGGCGCUCUUCGCCGUGACACCGUUCCUUGCUCUCGCCGUGGCGCAUCCUACUACAACUGCCGUGCCGGUGCCCAGGCCAAUCCCUACAAUCGUGGCUGCUCCGCCAUUACCCGGUGCCGUAGCUAAACUUUGAAACUUCUUCUUCUCUUCAUCUCUCUGUGUGUGUGUCUCUCUUUCUCUCUUUGUGUUUCUCUUUGUUGUGAUCUUUAUAAGCAUGAUGUUGUUGUUGUGAUGAUGAUGAUGAUGAUGAUGGUAUUCUUGUUCCCCUUGAUCUGAUUAGGGUUUUACUGGAUGUUGUGCUUUGAGAUUUGAAUUUAGAGGGGGAAUUAUUUAUAUGAUUAUUAUCGUUGUAUUAAUAUUUGCUAUUUUCAAUGUAUUUUCUUGUACAAUAUCAAGCCUAUUUCUUCGUCA